AUGAUGGGAUUUGGUUUGCCAGCGGGAGCUCCAGGGCCUUUCUUUGUGCGAGACGUGGUGCUCUUCGGGCGAGGGGCGCUCCGUCCGGCGCCUUUCGCUGGCCGGGAUCACCUGGUGGAGGUUCCGCUGACGCGCCGAGAGGCCGAGAAAGCCCUGCGCAAGGAGCGUCUCUCGGGUGAGGUGCUCGCCCUUACCGCUGAGACCGACGACAAGGAGAAGGAGAACAAAGAGAAUCCGCCUGGAAAGACUCCUUGGCGGAAGAUGUUCUCAGAUGGAAUCCUGGAACCUCCGGCCGAGAAGCCGGCCAAGACUGAGGAAUCUGAAGCUCCCAUGCCUUGCUGCCUCGUGGUCUGCGAGUCCAGCGAUCGCGCGACGGCCGCGGCCGAGAAGCUGAAAGGGCAGGUCAUACCAGGCCUUCCGAAGACAUGGCCGCCACAGGACGCAGGCACCAAUGGUGUUGAGGCUGCCAAACAGAUCCUGGAGACGCAGGAGAAGGUUUGGCAGAGCCUCCGCUCCGAAACCGUGCGGGAAGUCGGCCUCUUCAAGGAACCUAUGCCAC